UUUGUUGUAGAUCCAUCCUUUAUCGGUUGCAGUCGAAUGUAGAAAGUCCAUUUGAACUGCACUUCAACUGUAAGUUGAAGCAGACACUUUACACGGGUGACAGAAUAAAAGUGGAGGGCGAUGAACCCAUUCAAAUAGUGAUUCGCAAUGCCAGUACCAAAGAAACGAUCACAUCCAGUCCUUUAUCUUCCAUUAAGAUAAAGAUUACCGUCCUUGAUGGUGACUGCAAUGGGAAUGAACAAGGAUGUUGGACCAUGCAGGAGUUUUGUGAAGGUGAGGUUCAUCCAAGAGACGGUAAAGGGACACUGCUGAAAGGACUUGUGAAAACGAAACUGAAGGAUGGGGUUGGUUACUUCAAGGACUUAACCUUUACUGAUAAUUCUCGUUGCAUAAAGAGUGGGAAAUUCAGGUUGGGAGCUAGUGUUGUGCAAAGCUCCUACACCGGAGAAAGAAUAAGAGAAGCAAGGAGUGAAGCUUUUCGUGUAAAAGAUCGCCGUGUAAAAUUAUCUGAGAAGCCAGAGUCUCCAUCCCCAACUGAUGAAGUAUGGUGUUUGAAGAACAUACGAAAAAAUGGAGCUUUUCACAAAAGACUGGAAGAAGUCAAGAUAAAGACAGUGCAGGAGUUUCAAAGGCAUUUGGCUACUGAUCAUGACCGAUUACUCAAAGUUCUUGGCAGCAGGAUGUCAAGAAAUAAAUGGAAACAAACCAUUGAACAUGCCCAGAAGUGUGUUUCAGACAACACGCUUUAUUCACAGAAUUUGGUAGGGGAUUCAAUGCAAUUGGUGUGUGAAUUGCCGGAAAGCAUUGUCGAGUACAAUGGAUCAUUGCAUGAUGGCCCUUCAUUUCCUCAACUGCAAGCAUCUCUCGUUCCAGGAUCACGACUUCGCCAGCAGAAUCCGGUUUCGUUAAUCACACAUCAAUACAAACCGGAAACAGAACUGAAUUUUGAGAGUCCUGUUGGCCAAAAUGAGUUCACGGCGGGCUCGUCUCAGCUGUACAACACUGCUGUGGUGCAGAAUGUCCAUCUGAUCCAAGGUAACAGUUCCCAUUCAUUUAUGGAAGCUACUGAAGCCAUUGAAAAUUUUGGGCCAUUGUUCAAUAACCCUUUGAUGCCCACCUCUGGACUGCAAGCUUUUCCCACUGUAGACCUCGACCAGGAGAAUCGUAACUUGUUGAUAGCACGUCAAAAUGAAUCGGCAGCACUGUGGAAUUUCGUGCACCCUGCCAAUGGCAACGUGCUCAUGGUGGGACCAUCUCGGCUGUCUGAUCCAAUCCUAGGACAAAACAGUUCCAAUGCAAUGGGCCAUUUUCAUGAACAAAACAUUGGUUAUGGAUACGAGUUUGGCACGGGUGGGUUUGUGGGGCCCUUUGCAGUGGGCCAGCAGUCACUGACAGAUGAUAGCCUCCAGAUAGAUGGUCUUGUUGAUAGCUUUUUGGCUUCUUCACCAGCUGCCAUUGGUGGACCAAAAAGGAAGAGGUGGUUAAAGGUUGGGGCUGUUCUCAAGUGGACAGUUAGGAAACCAAUUGCUGCUAAAGCCUAGAAGCUGCCAACCAUUAUUGUUAGUGUUGUCGUUGUUGUUGCCACCAUCGCCGUGGUUGUUGUCAUCAUCAUGGUUGUUGCCACCAUCGUCGUGGUUGUUGUCAUCGUCAUGGUUGUUGCCUCGUCGUGGUUGUUGCCGGCAUCAUCACCUUGGUUGUUGUUGUUGUUUUCAUCGUCGUGGUGAUUGCUGCUGCUGUUCUCAUUGUCAUGGUGGUUGUUUUUGUCAUGGUAAGGUAAUGAAGUUUAAGAGACUAAGUUUGCAGAUUUUAGAUAAUCUUGUUGAUGCAUAAGUUGCUCUGAAUAUUGGGUGCUAUGAUGCAAUGUCUGGAAGUUUUCACUCUCUUCUAUCAUUGAUCUGGAUCGUCCAU